AUGCAGCACCUCCUACUUCUCAGUCUUGUGGGCUCAUCGUUUGCCCUACUAGGAAUCUUGGGCAGUACACAAUCUGUCGAGGUCACCGGACGUUUAAUGUGCAACGGACGGCCAGCUUCUGGCAUCAAAAUAAAGCUGUACGAGAAAGAACUCACCUUCGACGUCAAGUUGGACGAGACCAAAACAAAUCAAAAUGGCGAGUUUACAGUGACCGGAUCAAAGGUUGAAAUAACAACCAUUGACCCGAAAGUCAAUAUUUAUCACAAGUGCAACUAUGAUGGGAUUUGUUACAAAAAGUUUGGCAUAACAAUCCCAGACAAUUACAUCACUGAAGGUGAACUUCCUCAGAAGACCUUUGAUAUCGGAACGAUAAAUCUUGCCGACAAAUUCAGCGGUGAAUCGACUGAUUGUAUUAAUCGCAGAUAA